AUGGUGGAGAUACCGUCUAGCGGAAGUUUCCUAAACAUCGAUUAUGUUACGAAUGUAACAGAUGCAAUCGAAGCAUGGGAAACUGUUAACUGGGUUCAUAUUCAAAACAAGAACUUUGGACUCAGUGAUACUUACAGGUUUCUAAGAUCCACACUGCAGGGAGCUGCAGGAAGCUUUUGGAGAAGUCUAAAAGCUGGUACGGGUCUGUUAGAUACUGUAGGUGACUUGAAGAACAGAGAGGCUAUCUUUGCACUCUUCAAGGAUAUGCUCUGUCGAGAAUUUACUGGGAUAACAAUUACCAGUAGGAAUCUCACAAAGGUAGUUGCCUUAGAAGCUUUAACAAAGCUUAGGCUUUGUGACAUGUGUCUGUUUGAAAAUUUCGUUUGUGAGUAUAGACGAUAUUUUUAUCAGUUGCUUGGUGGCACACAGGAAGUCAUGAAGAAUACUUUCUUUGCUAAGCUUCCCCCAGGAUGGGAUAAGGCAGCAAACGAGGCGUUUAAGCUUCUACUUGAAAAGAAUUAG